CGCGUGGCGCAGAGCCUGGCGCAGUACUGCGUGGGCGCCAAUUACGCGUGGGCCAUGGCCGAGGGGCUCUUCCUGCUGCGCCUCCUGCUCGCCACCUCGGGCCGCCGCUGCCUGCCCGCCUUCCUGCUGCUCGGCUGGGGUGUCCCCGUGCUCUUCGUUGUCCCCUGGGUCCUCCUGAGGUACCUGUACGAGAACGAGGGGUGCUGGGAACGCAACGAGAAGGUGGCGGUGUGGUGGCUGAUCCGCUGUCCCAUCCUGGUGGCCGUCUCGGUGAACUUCGUGGUGUUCGUGCGCAUCGUGCGGAUCUUGGUGGCCAAAGUGCGCGCGCACCAGGUGUCGCGCGGGGACACGCGGCUCAG